UCUUACCCUAACUCAUCAUCCAUCACCCUUCUUCAUCUUUACCUGCUCAUCGAUCUCACAUUCUCACUUAUUCGGAAAAAAUGGCCGAACCAAGUGGCUCUGACAAGAGGAGUUGGUGCUCGGUGCCGGAGAAGUUUCAGCUUCAUGGAGCCAUGUUGGCUUUGCAGUUCGGCUAUGCCGGUUUCCAUGUCGUCUCUAGAUUUGCUCUCAAUAUGGGCAUUUCUAAGCUUGUCUUUCCCGUUUACCGGAACAUCAUCGCUUUGCUUCUCCUCCUGCCCUUUGCCUACUUUCUGGAAAAGAAGGACAGGCCUCCGAUCAAUCUCAACUUUCUCGUUCAGUUCUUUUGCCUUGCGCUUAUCGGAAUAACAGCAAACCAAGGAUUCUACUUGCUGGGAUUAGACAACACAUCACCCACCUUUGCUUCCGCUAUACAAAACUCCGUCCCAGCCAUUACCUUUCUCAUGGCAGUCAUACUCAGAAUCGAGCAAGUAAGACUAAACCGCAAGGACGGUAUUGCAAAGGUAGCCGGAACUAUUUUCUGUGUGGCUGGAGCAUCAGUGAUUACUCUAUACAAAGGUCCAGCCAUAUACAGCCCAACGCCACCACUGCAGACGAUGAUGAUGAGCAGUGCCUCAUCAUCAGUAUCAAUGUCGAGUUUCACUACUAGCGCCAUGUCAGUACUUGGUGAUGCAAAGGGUAAGAGCUGGACUCUAGGUUGCCUCUACCUGAUCGGCCAUUGCCUCUCGUGGUCCGCCUGGCUCGUCCUGCAAAGCCCGGUUCUCAAGAAGUACCCGGCCCGGCUCUCUGUCACCUCCUACACUUGUUUCUUUGGUCUAAUUCAGUUCAUCAUUAUCGCUGCGGUUUUCGAGAGAGACGCUCAGGCUUGGAUCUUCCACAAUGGUGGAGAAGCCUUCAGCAUCCUCUAUGCGGGAGUGGUUGCAUCAGGGAUUGCAUUCGCUGUACAGAUAUGGUGCAUCGACAGAGGGGGCCCUGUUUUUGUAGCUGUAUAUCAACCUGUUCAGACUCUUGUUGUCGCUAUCAUGGCCUCGGUUGCUUUAGGCGAGGAGUUCUACUUGGGAGGGAUCAUCGGAGCGGUGCUGAUCAUAGUGGGGCUGUACGCGGUGUUGUGGGGUAAAAGUGAAGAAAGGAAGUUUGCUCAGGCAAGAGUUCCAAUUCAGUCGACUCCUAGUGACAGUGUGCACUCAAACAACAGGAAAAGCCAAACCAAGACGUCCCUCACUCAACCACUCAUUCCUCCAUCCACCGAAAAUGUCUGAUCCAUCCAAGUCGUUUUCAUAUAUUUUAAUUGACGAGGUGCAGCUUUGUCCUUCAAGAAGAAGGAGGAGGAACUAAAAGAAGAAGCACCAGUACUGCAGUAGCUUAUAUAUGAUCAGAAAACUUGUGUGUGUGAUGAAGGUGUUCUUCCUUUUUUGUUGUUUUUUCACUUUUACUCAA